UGGGCCGGUGCUCCAUCACAAUGACCCUCUCAAUUAUCUGCUGCGCACAGGAACCCUGGUGGUGAUCAUAGCCACAUGCAUGUCACUCACCAAAAGAGGACGAGAUAUUUAUCACAAGCAGAGAGAGAUAACGAGAGAGAGAGAGAGAGAUCUCAAAGAGUUGUGUAAGCAGAAAUGGUGAACGAAAAGAAUGCCUACAGAGCUCAUUGUCUGGUCUUAGCCUAUCCAACCCAAGGCCACAUUAAUCCCAUGCUCCAAUUCUCCAAGCGUUUGGAGCACAAAGGAGUAAGAGUUACACUCGUCACCACCUACUCCAUCUCCAAGACCAUACAUAAAGAAGCCACCUCCAUUGCUCUCGAGACAAUCUCUGACGGCUACGACGACGGCGGGAUAGAGCAAGCGGAGAGCAUCCAGGCCUAUUUGGAACGCUUUUGGCGAGUCGGCUCGCAAACUCUGUCUCAGCUCCUUGAGAAGCUUUCUAGCUCAGGCUGCCCGGUUGACUGCAUUGUUUAUGAUGCUUUCUUGCCUUGGGCUCUAGACGUAGCCAAAAAGUUUGGGUUAGUCGGGGCUGUGUUUUUCACACAAUCUUGUGCUGUUGAUAACAUAUUGUUCCAUGUCUACAAAGGAGUUCUUAAACUCCCUCUUUCAGAGCCAGAAAUUUUGCUUCCUGGGUUGCCGCCACUUCAACCUCAGGAUACGCCGUCCUUCAUUUGUGAUUUCGGAUCCUACCCAGCUUUCUUUGACAUGGUUGUGCAACAAUUCUCCAAUAUUGACAAAGCUGAUUGGGUCCUUUGCAACACGUUUUAUGAGCUAGAGCAAGAGGUGGUGGAUUGGAUGGCAAAGAUAUGGCCAUUGAGGACAAUAGGACCUACCAUACCAUCCAUGUUCUUAGACAGGCGACUUAAAGAUGACAACGUCUAUGGCUUCAGCAUCUUCAAACCAAGCACCGAUGCUUGCAUGACAUGGCUAAAUGAUCGCACAAAAGGGUCGGUUGUUUAUGUUUCUUUUGGGAGUAUGGCGGCUCUUGAAGUCGAGCAAAUGCAAGAAUUAGCUUGGGGAUUGAGAAUGAGCAAUAGAUACUUCUUGUGGGUUGUCAGGAAAUCGGAAGAGGCAAAGCUCCCCGAAAACUUCGUGGAGGAGACGUCCGAGAAGGGAUUGGUGGUCCGUUGGUGUCCUCAGUUGGAGGUCUUAACUCACGAGGCAGUGGGAUGCUUUGUUACACAUUGUGGAUGGAAUUCUACUCUGGAGGCCCUCAGCUUCGGUGUUCCGAUGGUCGCAGUGCCACAAUGGACAGACCAAAGCACAAAUGCAAAAUAUAUAAUGGAUGUUUGGAAGAUGGGGCUGAAAGCUCCGGUUGAUGAGAAAGGGUUGGUCAGGCGAGAAGCAGCAAAACAUUACAUCAGGGAAAUAAUGGAGGGAGAGAGAGGGAAAGAGAUAAAGAAAAAUGCCUUAAAAUGGAGGAAAUUGGCCAAAGAAGCGGUUGACGAUGGUGGAAGUUCUGAUAUGAACAUUGAAGAAUUUGUAGCUAAAUUGGUUCACUCUUAAGUCCAUUUCCUAAGUUGUAGUUGUUUCUUCGUCCAAUCUGAAAGGUUA